AUGGACUGGAAGAUCCAGGACAGCCCGGUGCAUUUCAAAUCCGAUAGCAUCGGUGCACUUGGCUCAAUUCACACCUUCCCUGACCAGAAGGUUCUCUACCGCUCCGAUACUAAGGCCCCGUUGUCCGUGGUUUCUCAGCGCUACCAGGUCGUGCAGCCGCGCGAGGUCUUGGAGUUCUAUCGGGACCUCACUGAAGUAUCGGGUUACGAGCUGGAAACGGCCGGCGUACUCAAAGGCGGUCGCAAGUUUUGGGCGCUGGCCCGCACUGGCCAAGGAACGACCUUGAAAGGCAACGAUCAGGUCAAUGGUUAUCUCCUGCUGGCCACCUCCUGUGACGGUACCUUGGCUACCACGGCCACACCUACAACUGUGCGGGUAGUUUGCAAUAACACGUUGACUAUUGCGCUGGACGGUUCGUGCAAAGCGAUCAAGGUGCCGCACAGCACGCGCUUCGAUCCACAGGCAGUAAAAAAGCAACUCGGUAUCGCUGUCUCGCAAUGGGACAACUUCAUGCACCGGAUGCGAAUGCUAUCUGAACGCAAAGUUCAGUGGCAUGAAGCCAUGGGAUUCUUCAUGAACGUGCUGUGUGAUGCCAAUCCGAACAUGCCACUACCGGCAGUACUUCCCAACGAGCGGGCGCUACGCAAGGUGCAAUGCCUGUAUGAAGGUCAGGGCCGCGGGUCAACUCUGGAGUCAGCUCAAGGAACCGCCUGGGGCCUGCUCAACGCCGUGACGGAGUACGUCGACCACGAACGCCGUGCGAGAAGCAUCGAGUACCGUAUGGACUCUGCCUGGUUCGGGCAAGGAGCACAGCUCAAGCAACGGGCGCUGGAGGCGGCGCUACAACUGGCAGCU